CUACCCAACCACUCUCAUUUCUCUUACAAACUCUCCCUGUCACAAACAUAUCUAGCUACAUAUUCAUGUUGUACUUGUAAAUGCAUGGCUGCUUAAAUUGCAUAAUGAAAAGUUGCAAAACCACCCUACAAAAUUCAAGACCUAGUGCUUGUUUCCAUCUCUUAACAAACACUUUAAAGGUCGAUUUCGACAUGCCGCCUCCACAGGCGGCGGUCGCCUCUCCCUCCGGGAAACAUCCGAUUUACCGAGGAAUACGGAGCCGGUGCGGUAAAUGGGUAUCGGAAAUACGAGAGCCACGUAAGACGACACGCAUAUGGCUGGGUACAUAUCCGACGCCAGAAAUGGCAGCCGCAGCAUAUGAUGCAGCUUCCUUAGUGCUCAAAGGCCCCGACACUGCCUUAAACUUCCCGAAUCACAUGUAUAGUAACUUGCUUCUUCUUCCUAAGGAACCUCGUACUGCUGCAUGGAUACGUGUUGCUGCCGCUAAUGCUGCUGCUUCCCGGGCAGUUGCAUCCCCUCGCCAAAUAGCACAAGAUAUCGAUGUUGAUAAUUUUAGUAGUGAUGCUUAUUUUCUUGGAGCCGAAGAAGAGUACGUAGACGAGGAGGAGCUUUUCAAUAUGCCUGAUCUGCUUAUGCACAUGGCUGAAGGAAUGCUCGUUCACCCUCCCAGCAGAAUUUCGAUCUCGCCUCCAAUUUCAGAUAAUUCCGAAGAAGAAAGCUUGUGGAGCUAGAGAUCGAGUUUAUUAAUAAUCAGCUUAAUGUUCACAUCAGAAUCACCAAUAAUGAUACUAAUUCAGCUACGUAUUAAUUGAUGGAAUGCUGAUUCGGUGAGAUUGAGCUACAAUAUCGUGUAAUUGAUUGUAUAUGCCGUAAAAUAUGAUUGUAUACAGCUCCGUAAUUAAGUUGAACUUUGCUUGAAAAGUGUUGGGCAUGCAGCUAAACCUAUCUCUAACCAAGGGGUCACUUUGGCGGAGCUUAUGUUCUUAUUUGUUAGGAAAUAUUCACCUAUAUGUUUUCUUCGUUUUGUGGUGAAGUCAUGUACGAACUUCAAGUGCUUUAUAUACGUAAUUGCAGUUGGCGUUGUGUUUGC